GAGAGAAAGGACCGGCUGUUGCUCCGUCGAAGCCGCCGCUGCCGCCUCCGUUUCGGCUAGGAAGGCGCGGGGGUCUGGGCGGUGGGCGGCCUUGGACGCUGCAACUGCGCCCCCUCCCCCCUGCCCUGCAGCUGAUGCCCAGGGAAGGGCGACGCGAUGGGCUUCCUGCACCAACUUUAUCUCCUGCUAUGGAAGAACGUGACGCUGAAGCGACGCAGCCCGUGGGUGCUGUCCUUCGAAAUCUUCAUCCCGCUGGUUCUCUUCUUCAUCCUGCUGGGGCUGAGGCAGAAAAAGCCCACCAUCGCCGUGAAGGAAGUCUCCUACUACACGGCAGCGCCCCUCACCUCGGCCGGCAUCUUGCCUAUCAUGCAGUCCCUGUGUCCCGACGGGCAGCGCGAUGACUUCGGGUUCUUGCAGUACUCCAAUUCCAGGGUUACCCAGUUGCUGGAGCGGCUGAACGAGGUGGUGGAGAAGAGCAACCUGUUUGACCCGGAUCAUGCCGGGCCGGAGGAGGAGUUGGAGUCUCUCCAGCGCCACAUGGAGUCUCUUGGCAGCAGCACCGGGCCCAGCCCCGUGGAGACCCACUUCACCACCAACGCAGCCCCCGGCUUCUCCCUGGACUCCGUGGCCAAGGACAAGACGGAGCUUCACCGCUUCCUCAUGCAGAACCUCUCCUUGUCCAACGAGACGGUGGGGCUGCUCACAGGGUCCAGCAUCAACCUGAGAGAGGUCUACCGGCUCGUCUUUGGCGUGUCUCCUGGCUCUGCCGAUGGCUUUGGCCCAGUGGACAAGCGGCAUCACCCGGAGAAAAGCUUUCUGGGCAACCUGAAGAUGAUGGAAGAUGGGCUGGUCCGGCAAGCGCUCCGCCGCCCCCCCAAAGGCGCCCAGCGGAAGGCCAUCCUCCGGCUCUUCUCCCAUGCUUUGGGCCUGGCCAGCCCCAUGGCAGAGCCCCCUGGCUCCGACAGCCCCCAGACCUUUGUGAGGGACGUGGAGAACAUCCUCUUCACCGCCCCUGUGCUGGAGAACCUGACGUGUCGCCAUGGCCAGGAUGCGCUGAGGCGCAUCCUGGUCAUCCCGGAGAGCCAGCAGCCUCUCCUGCAGGCCUACCGCGCUGGUGUCUGCAACCAGAGCGCCAGCCUGCGGGCCGACUACUUCAGGCAGCUGGUGGUGGAGAUGAAGGACCAGCUGGAAGCUCGUAAGGUGGCUGAACAGCUGAAGCUGGACGAGGUGAACCACACAGCCCAGAGCCGGCUCCACGCCCUGCUGGAGGACCUGAUGGAAAUGGAGAAGGUGCUGAAGGACCUGGACAUCCUCUCCGCCCUGGCCAAGCUCCUCCCCAAGGGGGCCUGUGCUGCAAAAGCGCCCCCCACCGCCCCCAACAGCACCGGCUCAGCUGUGAACUUCACCUCCGGCACCAACUCCAGCUCCGAGGAGGGCAGGGCCGAGAGCGAGGCGCCGGCCGAGGAUCCACAAGGGCAAUGCUCGGCCUUUGUGCAGCUCUGGGCCGGCCUGCAGCCUAUCCUCUGCGGGAACAACCGGACGAUUGAGCCCGAGGCGCUGCGGCAAGGGAACAUGAGCUCUCUGGGCUUCACCAGCAAGGAGCAGCGCAACCUGGGACUCCUGGUGCACCUCAUGACCAGCAACCCCAAGAUCCUGUAUUCGCCCGUCGGCACCCAGGUGGAUAAAGUCAUCUUGAAGGCCAACGAGACCUUCGCCUUUGUGGGGAACGUGACGCGCUACGCCCAGGUCUGGCUCAACAUCUCUGCCGAGAUCCGCAGCUUCCUGGAGGAGGGCAAGUUGCAGCAGCGGAUUGCUUGGCUCCAGAAGAUGGCGGCCGACCUUCACCAGAACCCCGAAGUCCUGAAUGUCUCCGACAGCAGCCUCUUGCACAACUUCAUGGAGAGCAACCUGUCCCUCUCCAACACCAGCACGCUCCUCCAGCAGCUGGACACCAUCGACAACGCUGCCUGCGGCUGGAUCCAGUUCAUGUCCAAGGUCAGCGUGGACAUCUUCAAGGGCUUUCCGGACGAAGAGAGCAUCGUGAACUACACCCUCAACCAGGCCUACCAAGACAACGUCACGGUCUUUGCCAGUGUGAUCUUCCAAACCAACAAGGAUGGCAGCCUCCCUCCCCACGUCAUGUACAAGAUCCGCCAAAAUUCCAGCUUCACUGAAAAGACUAAUGAGAUCCGGCGGGCGUAUUGGAGACCCGGGCCAAACCACGGGGGGCGUUUCUACUUCCUUUAUGGCUUUGUCUGGAUCCAAGACAUGAUGGAACGCGCCAUUGUCAACACCUUUGUCGGCCGCGAUGUGGUGGAGCCUGGCAACUACGUGCAGAUGUUUCCCUACCCCUGUUACACCCGUGACGACUUCCUCUUCGUGAUCGAGCACAUGAUGCCACUCUGCAUGGUCAUCUCCUGGGUCUAUUCGGUGGCCAUGAUGAUCCAGCACAUCGUAGCAGAGAAGGAGCAUCAUCUGAAGGAGGUGAUGAAGAUGAUGGGGCUGAAUAAUGCCGUCCACUGGGUGGCCUGGUUCAUCACAGGCUUCGUCCAGCUGUCCAUCUCGGUCACUGCCCUGACCGCCAUUCUCAAGUACGGGAAGGUCCUCAUGCAUAGCGACGUGCUCAUCAUCUGGCUCUUCCUGUCCGUCUACGCCGUGGCCACCAUCAUGUUCUGCUUCCUGGUGUCCGUGCUGUAUUCCAAGGCCAAGCUUGCCUCGGCCUGCGGUGGGAUCAUCUACUUCCUCAGCUACGUCCCCUACAUGUAUGUGGCCAUCCGGGAGGAGGUGGCCCACGACAAGAUCACCGCCUUCGAGAAGUGCAUCGCUUCCCUGAUGUCCACCACGGCCUUCGGGCUGGGCUCCAAGUACUUUGCCCUCUACGAAAUGUCCGGCGUGGGCAUCCAGUGGCACACCUUCAGCCAGUCCCCCGUGGAAGGGGACGACUUCAACCUCCUGCUUUCCAUGAUGAUGCUGAUCGUGGACGCCGUGGUCUAUGGGGUGCUGACGUGGUAUAUCGAAGCCGUGCACCCAGGGAUGUACGGGCUCCCGCGGCCUUGGUACUUUCCGCUGCAGAAGUCCUACUGGCUGGGAAACGGGCGCACGGAGACCUGGGACUGGUCCUGGCCCUGGUCGAAGCGGCCCCACCUGAGCGUCACGGAGGAAGACCAAGCCUGUGCCAUGGAGAACAGGAGGAUGGAGGAGAGCCGGGGCAUUGAGGAGGAGCCCACCCACCUGCCCCUGGUGGUCUGCGUGGACAAACUGACCAAGAUCUACAAGACCGACAAAAAGCUGGCCCUGAACAAGCUCAGCCUUAACCUCUACGAGAACCAGGUGGUCUCCUUUCUGGGCCACAACGGUGCGGGCAAGACCACCACCAUGUCCAUCCUGACCGGCCUCUUCCCUCCGACCUCCGGCUCGGCCACCAUUUACGGCCAUGACAUCCGGACGGAGAUGGACCAGAUCCGGAAGAACCUGGGGAUGUGCCCGCAGCACAACGUCCUCUUUGACAAGCUGACAGUGGAGGAGCACCUUUGGUUCUACUCACAGCUGAAGGGCAUGGCGAAGGAGGAGAUCUGCAAGGAGAUGGCCAAGAUGAUCGAGGACCUGGAGCUGACCCACAAGUGCCACUUCCUGGUGCAGAUGCUGUCUGGAGGGAUGAAGAGGAAGCUCUCAGUGGCCAUCGCCUUCGUGGGGGGCUCACGGGCCGUCAUCCUGGACGAGCCCACCGCCGGCGUGGACCCCUAUGCGCGCCGGGCCAUCUGGGACCUCAUCCUGAAGUACAAGCAAGGUAGGACCAUCCUCCUCUCUACCCACCACAUGGACGAAGCAGACCUGCUGGGCGAUCGCAUCGCCAUCAUCUCCCACGGGGCUGAAGUGCUGUGGGUCGCCCCUCUUCCUGAAAAGCACUUACGGGGACGGCUACAAGCUGACGGUGGUGAAGAAGCAGUCGGACGCCCGGAGCAACCCCGAGACGGGGCUCCCCCGCAGCCCACCCUGCCCCUCAGCCACCAGCCCCUGCUCCGAAGAGCGGGUGAGCCAGUUCAUCAAGAAGCACGUGGCCUCCUGCCUCCUCAUCUCCAACACCAACACGGAGCUCUCCUACAUCCUGCCCAGCGAGGCUGCCAAAAAAGGCUGCUUCGAACGGCUCUUCCAGCACCUGGAGCACAGGUUGGAAGAGCUGGACCUCACCAGCUUUGGCCUGAUGGACACCACCCUGGAAGAGGUCUUCCUGAAGGUCUCGGAAGAAGACCAGUCUCUGGAGAACAGCGAUGCGGAUAUCAAGGAGUCCAAGAAAGACGCUUUCCCGCUGCCCAGUCCCCGCCUCGGCCCCAAGCCCCAGACCAACGGCCACCCACUCCCGAGGCCGGCAAGGCCCACCAAGCCCGAAGUGGACCUGGGGAACCUCCUGGAUUGCUCAGACCUGGCCAAGUCCCAGGCAUCCUUGCACUCCUCCUCCUCCUCUUCCUCCUCCUUGGCUGGUUCCGUGCGUGGCGAGGAAGGUGGGGCUUAUUCUGAGUUCUACGGGGAUUACUGCCCCCUGUUUGACAACCCACAAGACCCCGAUAAUGGCAGCCUGCUAGAGCCAGAUGCUGACCCGGAAGAGGCGUCCCUGACCGGACAAAGCAGCGCCAAGCUGGAGGGCUCCUGGCUGAAGCUGCGCCAGUUU